UGAAUGCCAGCUACCAUAAACCAAGAAGAAGAAAAAGAAAGAUGGCGCUACCCGGCACAGUACUCGUGCAAUUUAGAGCGUUGUGCAACCUUGGGCAAUGUUUUUAUUCCCAAGGCAAAAUUGGAUUAAAUGUUAGCAGUAGUGUUAGGUGGUACAAGACAAAAGCUCGUACCUUUCAGGACUCAGAAACGCCAGCAGAGCCAACUAAACAGGGUAACCCCAAACUCUUGAAGGAGUUUCCUGAGCCGAAAGGCUUGCUGAACAAUGCUAUUUCCCGUUCACUUGGAGUGUCAGACCUCUCUAAUCUCAUACAGUACCACUGCACAGAAAAUGGAGAUGUCAAGAAAGCCACUGUCACGGUCUUAUGGCCCACCAAAAUUGAGGUGGAGGGCUUUGCAUCCAGGAGACUUGAUGCUGAACGCUUUGCUGCUGCAGCUGCCUGCCAGAAGCUGAAGGAGUUGGGGGUGCUUGGUCCAGAUAACCAGCUGCCCAGAAAGGGAGCCGGCCGGGGCUGGGGAACCCAGCCGUCGGCCUUGUUUGAUGCAGAGGAGGAUCCUGUCCCAGAUCAGGUCCACAUGUCUGGAGUCUCCCAGACUCAACCCACACAACCGCAACUACUAACGAGGUCAACUGACGAGGACACCAGUUUGUAUAAGGCUCUCUCAAUGUUUCCCCAACCGAAGGCUCUCCUGGCCAGGGUCAUCCAGGUGGCCACGUCCUCCAACUCUUUUAGGGAGCUGGUUCAGUACAAGACAACCGGAGGGAAGACGAAGAGAUGUGAGCUGACCGUCCGGUGGCCGGAGAACCUCACCUUUGUGGCCUCGGCGGGCCGCAGAGUGGAGGCCGAGAAGAGGGCAUCCGCGCUGGCCUGUCUCAAACUGAAGGAGAUGGAGCUUCUGGACCAGGAAAACAACCCUCUGACCCACGCCAGAUACCACAAGGAGCAGGUGCGCGAGGCGGGGGUGAAGGACCGGCGGCCCUACCCCCUGGAGAUCCCCGAGUACUUGCAGGACAGGAUGAGGGAAUACCUGGCCGAGUACCCGGUGGCGUUGGAGGUGAAGCGGCUGUGGGAGGAUGAGGAGGAGAGGGCCCAGCGGAGGCUGAACCAGCAGGACCGAGAGGAGGAGGACGACCUGGUGACGGACGCCAUCACGGGCAGGCCUCACCGGCCUCUCUCCGCGUCCGAGGCGGAGGAACUGUCCGUCGACCUCCAGGAGCAGUGGGAGAGGGCCAGCCCCCGGCCGGGGGUGGAGCUCCCGGUCGACGCCCACCGGGAGAGGGUGCUGUCGGAGGUGGAGGCCUCCAGGGUGGUGGUGAUCGCCGGGGAGACGGGCUGCGGCAAGACCACGCGCGUCCCCCGCUUCCUGCUGGAGGGGCGCGUGCGCGGGGGCCAGGGGGCCGACUGCAACAUCCUGGUGACCCAGCCCCGCAGGAUCAGCGCCGUGUCCGUGGCCCAGCGGGUGGCCCAGGAGAUGGGGCCCGCCCUCAAGCACUCUGUGGGCUACCAGGUGCGCCUGGAGAGCCGACCCCCGGAGCACAGCGGGGGGGCCCUGCUGUUCCUGACGGUGGGGGUGCUGCUUAGGAAGCUGCAGGGCAACGCGUCCCUGCGGGGGGUCAGCCACGUGGUGGUGGACGAGGUCCACGAGCGGGACGUCAACACGGACCUGCUGCUGGCCCUGCUGCGCUCGGCCCUCCAGGACAACCCUCGCCUGCGGCUGGUGCUGAUGAGCGCCACCGGGGACAACGUGAGGCUGGCCCAGUACUUUGGAGGCUGCCCGGUGGUCAAAGUUCCUGGUUUCAUGCACCCGGUCCAGGACCGCUACCUGGAGGAGGUGCUGGAGGAGCUGGGGCGGCCCCCGCCGCGCCCGGUCAGGGCAAACCCUGAAGGACGGGAGCCAAAAGACGACGCCACGCCCAACCUGGACCUGGUAACUCACGUGAUCGAGCACAUCCACAGGCACGGGGAGCCAGGGGCUGUGCUGUGUUUCCUGCCCGGCUGGCAGGACAUCAAGGCCGUCCAGGAGCGUCUGGAGGAGAGGCCGGCCUUCCGCUCGGCCUCCCAUGCCAUCCUACCACUACAUUCCAGUAUGUCCGUGGCCGACCAGCAGGCGGUGUUCCAGCGCCCCCCGGAGGGCCGGAGGAAGAUAGUCCUGGCCACCAACAUCGCCGAGACCUCCAUCACCAUCGAUGACAUCGUCCAUGUGGUGGACUCGGGCUCCCACAAGGAGCAGAACUACGACCCGCGGACCAAGGUGUCUUGUCUGGACACGGUGUGGGUCUCCCGCUCCAACAUCACCCAGCGCAGAGGGAGGGCCGGACGCUGCCAGCCCGGACACUCCUACCACCUGUUCCCUAAGGCCCGGCUGGAGACCAUGAGCCACUUCCCCGUGCCAGAGAUCCUCCGCACCCCUCUGGAGAGCCUGGUGGUACAGGCCAAGAUCCACAGCCCUCAUCUCACGGCGGUAGAUUUCUUGUCCCAGGUGUUGGACAGCCCAGAGGAACAAGCGGUGAUUGAUGCAGUCCGCAACCUGCAGGAAAUCGGAGUGCUGGACACCAGCGAGGCCCUGACCCCUCUGGGGGAGCGCGUGGCCUGCAUGUCCUGUGACCCGCGGCUGGGCAAGGUGCUGGUGCUGGCGGCCGUGUUCCGCUGCGUGCUGCCCCUGCUGUCCGUGGCAGCCUGCCUGACCAGAGACCCCUUCCACAACAGCAUGCAGAACCGAGCCCUCGUCUCCAAGUCUAAGAAGGCUCUGAGUGGCUCCAGCCACAGUGACUACCUGGCCCUGAGCAGAGCCGUGGCGGGCUGGAAGAGGGUGCUCCGUGAAGGGGGCCGCGAGGACAAGCAGGACUACCUGUACCAGCACACGCUGUCCGGAAGCAGCCUGCGCUUCAUCAACGGCCUGACGUCCCAGUUCAGUGAGAACCUGUACGAGGCCCAGAUGGUGUCGGCCUCCCCCGACUGCCAGCGGCCCUUCUCCCUCUACAACCAGCACAGCCAGCAGGAGGAGCUCGUCAAGGCCGUGCUGCUGGCUGGCCUCUACCCCAACCUCAUCCAGCUGAAGAGGGGCCUGGUGACCAAAGGAGGGCGCUUCAGGCCCAACAACCUGGGCUACCGCACGCAGAGCGGCCCUGUGCAUCUCCACCGCUCCUCGGUCAACAGGGGGAGGGAGGACCUGCCGAGUCGCUGGCUCACCUUCUUCACCGCCGUCAAGUCCAGCGGCCAGGUGUUCAUGCGCGACUCCUCCUCCGUGCACCCGCUGGCCCUGCUGCUGUUCACCGACUGUGACAUCACCGAGCGAGUGCUAGGGGACCGGGUGGAGGUGUCCUUCCCGGGCCACUCCCUGUUUCGCUGCGAGCUGGCCACCCACACGUGGGAGCUGCUGUGGGAGCUCCGCACCUCCAUCCAGACCAUGGUGCAGCGCAGCCUGAGGGCCCGGGGAGACGCCCACAGCCAGGGCCAGGACGGGGAGCUGCUGGCCCUGCUGGUGGAGCUGCUCCACAACACAGACUCUGACUCGCAGCAGGGCGACAGCGAAGUGGACUAGUGGCACUUUGAAAAUACCCUUUUCUUUUUUGGGGGGGGACGGUGAAGUUCUGCUUCCAGCCUGCAGGGGGCCCUGUCUGCGUGUCAUGGACAUGGUCAACGGGAUACAGAAGAAUCAAGUCGACAGUAAAAAAACUAACAAAACAAGUAA